AUGGAGCCAAAGGGUGAUGUCGGUGCCUCUCCUUCCAUUGAAGGAGGCUCUCUCUGCCAUCUUGAGGAUCUCAGCAUGGGCUGGGAAGAGGUAUUCCCCAAAGUCACCAUGCCCAAGGUCGGUGUGCCCAUGUUCCAGCCAUGUCCACGACCUCAGCGCAUUGUUCAGCAGUGACAACUUCGAAGGCUACAUGCGGGACCUAGCUUUGACUUUGCCACUUACAAGAUACCCAAGUUGCUGAAGCCACAGAAAGUGAUUGAGCAAAAUGGGGGUUCUUUUGUCAUCCUGAGGAAUAAAUGUAAAGUGGGAGAAGAAUGUGAGGAAGAUAACAAAGGCCUGGAUAACAGAAAAUGCAAAAGCUUGGUUACCUGGGAAGGUGACCGACUCACCUGUGUCCAGAAAGGGGAGAAGAACAGAGGCUGGGCCCACGGGAUGAAGGGGGUGAACACCAUCUGCUGGGCGGCCAUUCUGGCCUCGCAGCAGCUCUCCUGCACGCCGCUGCCUGUCAAUGCCGCCCUGACCUUGGCCCACCCCACUUGCACUUGA